CACAGUGCUGUUGGUAAAAAGUGAACUAGUCUCGAGGCACAAAUGGAGUUUUUCCUCAGCUCAUCGAUGAAACUUUUACUUUUAGCAGCCUGGCUUUUAAGUGUGCUGGGUCCAUUCAAAUGUUCAGAUAUUUGCAAAUUGUGUCACCAGAACGCAAUUUGUGAGUCCGGUCGUUGUUUGUGCAGCCGAGGUUUUUCUGGAGAUGGAAUCAAACAGUGUGUAGAUGAUGAUGAGUGUGCAAAUGUCACUCACAUCUGUGGGGAUAAUGCCAACUGCACAAACACAGUAGGAAGCUAUGACUGUACCUGCAUGCCUGGAUAUGUGUCAACGGGAAAUAAAAAAUUUCAACCUAAUGAUGGAACAUACUGUAAAGAUGAUGAUGAGUGUGCAUACGAACAGAAUUGUGGGCCAUUCUCUAAAUGUCACAACACACAUGGCUCUUUCUACUGCUCAUGCCAAAGAGAUUAUACAACAUCAUCAGGAAAGAUCUGCUUUCAGCCGAAUAGUGGGACUGAGUGUAAAGAGGACCCAAAUAAGGACUGCCAUCGUGACAUGGGAUGUCUAACAAUGACUGUUAAAAACACAGUUAAAAAUAUCAUUAACCUGCCAGAUCCACAGCAGCAAAUGGAGGAGAUAAAAAAACAAACAUCAGGUGACCUUGCUCCAGUUGCAAUAAUCUCUUAUAUUGAUGCCAUGGAAGCCUCUGCAUUACGGUUUGCGAAUGAGUCUCAGAAAGACAGUGCCAUAAAUGCCACGAUCAGGAAUUUGGUCCAAAGUGUGAAUAACCUGGUGGAAAAGGAGGAAAAGGUGGCAUGGAAGAGAAUGAGGGAAGAUACCAAGGACCAUUACAUAACUAAGUUACUACACACAGCGGAGCAGGGUGCAGUGGUACUUUCUAAAGCCUACAAACAUUCAGCUGAAGUGGAAAUCAAAACAGCUGACGUAGAAUUGAAACUCUACAAAUUUGACCCCCAGAAAAAACAGAACUCCAGCGUCUCAGCAUCAAUAGGUGGCGAUUUGAUUUCACUUAGUCCCAAAUAUAUGAAAGAAGGAAAUACAAAUGGGAGUUUCUCUGUUAUAUUCCUGCACUACGAUAGCAUUGGGCCUCUGAUGAAGCCCAAUUCUGACCCUGGGGUGAACGACUACAGCCGAUACGCUGAAGCAGGAGAGAUCACAGUAAAUUCUCCUGUAAUAGCAGCUGCCAUAAGCCCACUGAAUGCUUUUCCCUUGGAUCAUGUGACCUUCACUCUAAAACACAACGAGCCUAUAGACCCUGAAACUGAUCAAACCAAAUGCGCUUUCUGGGACUAUUCACUAAGCAACAUGAAUGGUCAUUGGUCCAUUGAGGGCUGUCAGCGCUCUCGUGUCAACAAGACCCACACAACCUGCUCCUGUAAUCAUCUGACACACUUUGCCAUCCUCAUGUCCUCUGGCCGUGCCAAUCUCGCUGCACACUACAAUGUACUGAGUCGCAUCACUCAGCUGGGAAUGGUGAUCUCCAUAAUCUGCUUGUUCAUGUGCAUCUUCACCUUCUGGUUCUUCAGUGAGAUUCAGAGCACCAGGACAACCAUCCACAAGAACCUAUGUUGCAGCCUUUUCAUGGCCGAGUUCAUCUUUCUAAUCGGGAUCAAUAUGUACGCACACAAGUUGUUUUGUUCAGUUGUUGCCGGGUUGCUGCAUUAUUUCUUUCUGGCUGCUUUUGCAUGGAUGUGUAUCGAGGGCAUACACCUGUACCUGAUUGUUGCUGGUGUCAUCUACAACAAAGGCUUCCUACACCGCAAUUUUUACAUAUUUGGUUAUGGCAGUCCGGCAGUGGUUGUCAUAAUCUCUGUAACUCUUGGCUACAAAUACUACGGUACAAAUUCUGCAUGCUGGCUAAGCACAGAAAGAAAUUUCAUCUGGAGUUUCAUUGGACCUGCAUGUCUAAUUAUUCUGGUGAAUUUGUUGGCAUUCGCUGUAAUCAUGUAUAAAGUCUAUCGUCAUACAGCUGUGAAGAAACCUGAGAUCAGUCACUAUGAAAAUAUCAGGUCUUGUGCGAGAGGAGCUCUCGCUCUCUUAUUUGUACUUGGAGCAACAUGGACAUUUGGUGUGGUGCACAUCCUCAAUGAGACCACUCUUACAGCCUAUCUCUUCACCUUUGCUAAUGCCUUCCAGGGGAUGUUUAUUUUUAUCUUCCUCUGUGUUUUGUCUAGAAAGGUUCAGGAAGAGUACUACAGAAUGUUCAAGAAUGUGCCAUGUUGUUUUGAAUGCUUGAGAUAAGGAAAUCAGAGUUUUGGACAAUCACCACUGUCGAAGCAUACGAAAAAAUAUAAUUCAUAAUUGCUUGAGGCUGCAAAAAAUGCAACCUUUUUGUCACCAACAAAAAGAUCUAUUGUUUUAUAUUUCUAUGUAGCAAAUGCUGUAAUCGAAGCCAUCUAUCACACUGUCUUUAAAAGUAAAAAUAACAUUACAUGAAAUAGAAAAUAGUAGUGAAUUUGUUGUACACAUGGCAGCCCAGGAAAACCCAUUGGAUAGCAGUAUGACUGAAUUCUGACAAAAAUAGAGCUUUUCUGCCUAUAAUAUCAACUUUACAUUUUAAUUGUGCCUAUAUUCUUGCAAAGAGCCUGCUGGUGAAGGAGCCAGUUUGACAAAAGAAUAGUUUUUUUUUUAAAUAAUUACAAAAUAAUAAUAAUAAAAAGAAAUUCAGUCUGCAUAAAGAUUCAGAGUUAAAGGAGACACAAAGAUUCAGAGUUAAAGGAGAACUGAAGGCAAAUUUUUUUAUUAUCAAAAUUCUAUUUCUCUCAUUUUAUUAAAUAUAGGAAUGCAUUUUUUAUCGUUAUUUUGUCACUGCUAUAGCAAGUUAUGAAUGUUUGAAAUAUGCUAUGUAAUAUAUCAGUCUAUACGUCAAAGUGAUGGCCGUAAACGAGAUUCGUUGAGACCUGUGCGAGACUUCGUAGGACGGAAGUAAAACGUACAGCGGAAAUCAAAGUGACCAACAUCUGCCAAUGUUGUCAAAAGACGUGCGCAUCCUCUUUCGAAUGCUGACGUAAUCAAGCUGGAAGUUUUGCUUGUUUUGAUAGCAAUCAGGAAAGUUUGAAAAAAGUAGGCAGUAAUCAUCAUUUAAACUUGUUUUUGUGCAAUACUUCGUUUGGAAAACAGUUUUCAAAAUGGCGGCACUGACACCUGGCUGACGCUUCACAUUUCAAAGUCUUGCACAAGUCUGAAUGGCUAAAGUCAACAUGGCUAAAAACCAAAUAGUUCGAUAAGUAUAAAAUUUAAUUGCAAUUAGUUGCCAAUAUGAGUCACGAUAUAAGGUUACUAAAACCGAAAAUGUAAUUGAAUAACAUGUUAAUUAAGAAAUAAAGUAGGUUUAAAAAUGACUUCAGUUCCCCUUUAAACAUUUUUUAAAGAAUUUAAAAUGCUAUAACUUUACUUGUGUUUGUGAUACUUGCAAAUGUACUUCAGUUACGGAAAAAAAAGUCUGUAGUUUAAAACUGUACAUAGUAGAAAUUUUCACUAUAUGAAGGGUUUUCCCAGGCUGCCACAUAUUUGUUUUUCACUGUGUACAUUUCAAAUAGAUACAUCCUUGCCAACCCCAAGAGAAUUAAAAGAAGUAGAUCAGAUUGCACGACACAGUCACGCCCUUCUAGAGGGGUCCGUGGGCAUGCUCCUCUGGAGAUUUUUGGGGGAAAAAAUGGUGUAAAAUGGUGCAACUCUUGCAUUCUGAGUGCCAUAUUUCGGUAGAGUUGGCAAGUAUGUAGAGAUGUUUGAAUAAAGCCUAAAUUUUACUUUUGUUCUCAAGUAACAGUAAAACUACUACACUGAAAAACUACAAAAGCUAUCAUAUACAGUAACUAGUUCAUCUGAUCAGUUAUAUCCGACAGAGUUUUGUUUACAUACUAUUUAAAGUUGCUUAACCUAAAGUUGUGUUUCUGCCUGUAAAAGAGUUGUAUUCUGUAUGUACUGUAUAAAUCAUUGUUAAUGUAAUUUACUUUAUAAAGUUUGGAUAUAUUUCAGUUUUGCCACUGACAACUUUUCAUCUGGUGUCUGAUGACUUGACAGUAGCGAGGAUUAAAAAUCAGUCUAGUGAAAAUGUACAGAAUGACUGUCUGGGUGCAUUUACACUGCCAGCCAAAAGUUUGUUUGGUGUUUUAGUACAGUAUAGUCACUAUUAUCACCACAGACCGAAUAAAAUGAUAGGGAAUAACACUUAAAUAUGGAAAUUAUUGUGGAAUUUAUUAACCAGUUGCUCUCAGAAUCCUAACAUGAUGCAAAAUGAGUGCAAAAGUAGGUCUGGUCACUUUCAUUUUUAUAGCACAUUUUAAAGACAAGACAUGUGUAUCAAAAUUGCCAUAAAAUAAAAAUCUAGUGAUUUCAAACAGCAAUGAAAUAAAAUAAGAAUCAAAUGAAAUGAGUAAAUUAAUAAAACAAUAAAAAGCAUUUAAAAAGUCAAAACCACAGAUGAAUAAGACAGGAUGAAAGAUGAAACAGACUUUAAAAAAUGACUGGAAGAAUAAAUACAUUUUUAAACUGGAAAUUAAAAGUCAGUGCUAAUUUUAACUAUAAAACAUAAAUGCAUAGUGUGAUGCAACUGUCUAAGUAGAGUGAUAAAGUUUUUGGUCUUGUCUGAUCUAGAGUAGUACAGUCCUGAAAAGUCAUACUCCAAUUAAAUAAGCUAUAAACACUGCUCAGGGGCGGCACGGUGGUGUAGUGGUUAGCGCCG